AUGAAUUUAAUAUUAGGACCAGAAGUCCAAGAAUUUUGUGUGAACUAUUUAGAUGAUCUAGCCAUUAUUACAACAGGAACGUUAGAUAAACAUUUGGAGCACAUUGAUAUUGUUUUAAGUAAAUUGAACAAAGCUGGCUUAACGUGUAACUUGCAGAAAUGUGAAUUUAUUUGUAAAGAAAUUAAAAUGCUGGGUUUUAUAAUUUCAACAGAAGGCAUAAAGACAGAUCCCGAUAAGAUUCGAGCGAUCCAAGAGUUUCCAGCACCUAAAAAGAUUAAACAAUUAAGGGCCUUUUUAGGUCUAUGCAAUUUUUAUAGAAGGUUUAUACCAAAUUACAGCGAGAGCAUAAUACCGCUCUGUGAAUUACUUAAAAAGGGACGAAAGUUCCAAUGGAGCGGUAAAGAACAGAAGGCAUUUGAUUUUAUAAAACAACAAUUUAUUAAUACAAUACAAUUGCAUCAUCCAGACUUUAAUAAGCCGUAUUAUUUACAAACAGAUUGUUCCGGUGUGGGUAUGGCCGGAGUACUAUAUCAGAUAGAUGAUAAUAAUGAAAUGAGAAUUUUAGGCUAUUAUAGUAAAGCCUUAAAAGGCCCCGAAUUAAAUUGGUCUGUUACUGAACAAGAGUUUUAUGCUGUAAUAAGCUGCCUAAAGAAAUUUGAAACAUAUUUGCGGGGCAGUAAAGUAAUAAUACUAACUGAUCAUAAAGCAUUAUUGUUUAUUAAUAAUAUGAAGUUAUUCAAUGGUAGAGUAACCCGAUGGAUUUUGUAUAUAGAACAAUUUAAUUAUGAAGUACAGCAUAUAUCGGGUAGACGUAAUAUUGUUGCAGAUGUGCUAUCACGUUACCCUCCUGAUGGCGAUUUAAUACAAGAGGAUAAAAAUAAUAGUUUAGAAAUUGCUUACACAGAGAGCGAACCGAAUAUUGAGUUGAUAGAAAAAUUAAAAUCUUUAACAGUAUAUCAAUUACAAGAUUCAGAGUCGUUGGCUAUUAUUGAAAAGUUAAAGACAUUAAAUACUUCCAUAAUAAAACAAAACAAUAAAUUUAAAAGAUAUAGUUUGAAAAAUGAUGUAUUAUAUUACAAAACGAAUUUACAAGAAGUAAUAUAUUUACCUAAAGCAUUGAGAUAA